AUAGACACCAGCAAUAACGUUUCUUCGGUACGAUUAUUUAUUUGAAAAGUGUCACACAUGAAAGUAAAAAAAGAAGGUAUCACGUUCUAGUAACAAUGUAAGCUCAACAACAUUUCUAAAGUAAGCUGUUGUCCUGGUGUUGAUUAAUGGACGUUGCAUUCAUUGAUUGUCACUGUCACAUAUCAGCUCUUGAGUUUGUCGAGGACCUUGAUGAUGUCAUCAAACGGACCAAAGAAGCAAACGUUAAAGCUCUUGUGGCAGUUACAGAGUAUGCAAGUGAUUUUGAAAGAGUAAUCCAGUUGUCCAAGAAUUAUCCAGACCUUGUAUUACCUUGUUUUGGAAUUCAUCCAGUUCAAGGCACGGGUCAGGACAGACGUAGUGCCAAUAUUCAGGACUUAGAGCCAGUCCUUCCUCUAUUCCAGAAGUAUAGAAAUGACAUCAUUGCCGUGGGUGAAAUUGGUCUAGACUUCACACCAUGGUGUGCACCUACUGUUCAGGAGCGGGAAGAGCAAUUAAUGAUCUUCAGAAGACAACUGGAGGUGUCCAAAGAGCUGGCAUUGCCAGUGAAUGUCCAUUCCCGCUCUGCUGCCAAGGUCACCAUAGGCACCAUGAAAGAACUGGGGAUUAGAGACGCACUGUUACACAAUUUUGCAGGGAAGCCAUCAGUGGCACUGGAGGCAGUACGAGCUGGAUACUGCCUGUCCUUCCCCCCUGUCAUCAGCACAAACCAACAGAGAGUCAAGCUCAUCAGACAGAUUCCUCUGGAAAACAUUUGCUUGGAGACAGACUGUCCUGCCUUAGGACCUGAAAAAAACGUCAGAAAUGAGCCAAAAAACAUAACUCUGUCAUGUGAACACAUUGCUCGAGUGAAAGGAAUUCCUUCAGAGAUGGUUGCAGACGUCACUACGCAGAAUGCCCUUCGCUUGUUCCCAAAACUCAAGAGAAUUCUGAAACCAUAGAAGGUUUACAUAUUCAUAUUAAGAAUAUGCACAUUAUUGAAUUUAUCUAAACUAACGCAGUGGAAUCCACGUGAUAUAUUAUUUGACUGAAACCCCUGUAUCUGUAUAAUAAAGCAUAUGCCACAGGA